UGAGCGUGCGCGUUAUUCGGUGGGCGGGACUUCCGGACGGAAGUAUAAACCGCGGCCUGGCGCGUGCGGUUUUAGGUAGCUAGCAGCGCUCGUGUAGUAACAACUGAAGUCCACCGUAACCUGAAGCAUGGCCGAGAAUGACGUUGACAACGAGCUGUUGGAUUAUGAGGAGGAAGAGGAGCCUCAGGGAGCCCCGGAGAGCGACAUCCCGGUGGGCAAGAAGGACGUGAAGGGUUCCUACGUCUCCAUCCACAGCUCCGGCUUCAGAGACUUUCUGCUCAAACCAGAGUUACUGAGGGCCAUCGUGGACUGUGGUUUUGAGCAUCCGUCUGAGGUGCAGCACGAGUGCAUCCCGCAGGCGAUCCUCGGCAUGGACAUCCUGUGUCAGGCUAAGUCUGGUAUGGGAAAGACAGCCGUGUUUGUGCUUGCUACCCUACAGCAGAUCGAGCCUGUGGAUGGACAGGUGUCGGUGCUGGUCAUGUGUCACACUCGUGAACUGGCGUUUCAGAUCUGUAAGGAGUAUGAGCGUUUCUCCAAGUACAUGCCCACGGUGAAGGUGGCCGUGUUCUUCGGUGGCAUGUCUAUAAAGAAGGACGAGGACGUUCUGAAGAAGAGCUGCCCUCACAUCGUGGUCGGCACGCCCGGGCGAAUCCUCGCUCUGGUCCGAAACAAGACCCUCAAUCUGAAGAACGUCAAGCACUUUGUUCUGGACGAGUGUGACAAGAUGUUAGAGCAUCUGGAUAUGAGACGUGACGUUCAGGAUAUCUUCAGAAUGACCCCCCACGAGAAACAGUGUAUGAUGUUCAGCGCCACCCUCAGUAAAGAGAUUCGACCCGUCUGCCGCAAGUUCAUGCAGGAUCCAAUGGAGGUGUUCGUGGACGAUGAGACGAAACUGACCCUUCACGGUCUCCAGCAGUACUACUGCAAACUGAAGGACAGCGAAAAGAACCGCAAACUCUUCGACCUGCUCGACGUCCUGGAGUUCAACCAGGUGGUGAUAUUCGUGAAGUCUGUGCAGCGUUGCGUGGCGCUCUCACAGUUACUGGUGGAGCAGAAUUUCCCCGCCAUCGCCAUCCACAGAGGAAUGGCGCAGGAGGAGAGGUUGUCACGGUAUCAGCAGUUCAAAGACUUCCAGAGGCGGAUUCUAGUGGCUACAAACCUGUUCGGUCGAGGAAUGGACAUUGAGAGGGUCAACAUCGUCUUCAACUACGACAUGCCUGAGGAUUCAGACACGUAUCUGCACAGGGUGGCUCGUGCAGGUCGAUUUGGCACAAAAGGUUUAGCCGUCACCUUUGUUUCUGAUGAGGCAGAUGCCAAAAUCUUGAAUGACGUGCAGGAUCGAUUUGAGGUCAACGUUGCCGAGUUACCAGAGGAAAUUGACAUUUCUACGUACAUCGAACAGUCCAGAUGAAGGUCCUGAAGCACCAGCUGUUGGGUCACGGCCUCUUAUUUUAAAACCCUUUUACCUCAAACCCAUGCUUGUUUUUCACUUGUCUCUGGAUUGGCCGAUGAUCAUGUCUGUAAUGAUUUUUGUUCUGACUUGUGUUUUGGGUUUUAAUGAAAUUAAAUCUUUUUAUACUACAACUUGACUUGGUCAUGUGU